AUGGAGUGCAGCACUGUGGGCAUGCAGACCCCUAGCUGGGCGGGGCACUGCCAGAGCAGGAGACGUCCCAGCUGCCCCCUGGCCUGCCAGGUUGGGAACAAGAGCACGGCAGGGGAGCGGGUUCUCUCGGUCCCUUCUCCCCCUCUCUGCCUGCCCCACAGGGCUGGGGACGUGGGGGCAGUCGGGUCAGCUGGGGCUGUCCUUACAGGGCAGGCAAUAUCUGCCACCGCCAGCUGCUGCAGCUGCCACCACCCUUCACUCAAUCCUGAGCGGCUCCAGAGGGCCAAGCUGCGCGUCGAGAGGGCCAUCAAGGAGAAGAAGAUCUUCUCGGUGCAGGGCCCCUACCCUGUCAUCCGCAGCCUGCUGCGGGCCCGGGGCUGGGUGGAGAGGAAGCUCCCCAGCACAGGCAGGGUGGGCAGCCAGCUGGAGCAGCAUUGUGGCAGCUGGGAGAAGCAGCUGCAGGAGGAGGAGGGAGGUGAUGCUGAUACUGCUGAGCAGGGGGAGGCAGUGCUGGAGCCAGAGGUGGGGUCGGCAUGCCGUGGGGCAUGGUCUUCCCCAUGUCCACCUGGUGAAGAGGAGGAAGAGGAGCGGGAUGCGGAACCCGAUGGCAUCCACGACCUCAUGUCCUGCCUGGUGCGGGACCAGGUGCCAUACUUCAUCUGGACCAACCGCUGUGGUGCUGUUGACUGCCAGCUGCUGCAGCAGGACCAGGUGGUGAACCACUAUGCCCGGGUGGGCGCCUUCACCACCAAGGAGGGAUUGUGCCUCAACCUGCGAAACCUGCCCUGGUUCGACCAAGCGGACCCCGACACCUUCUUCCCCCGGUGUUACCGGCUGGGGGCCGCGGAUGAGCGGCAAGCCUUCAUUGAGGAUUUCCGCCUGACGGCAGCUCGCAGCCUGCUCAAAAUGGCCCUGGAGAGGGCUGGGGAUGUGCUGGUGGGGACAGAGCAGUCCCUGAAAUCUGGCGAAGGGCCAGCGGGUCCAGGGCUUCUCCUGCCCCCCCAGCUGGUGGAGGAGGCCCUGCAGGUCUGUGAGCAGCACCUGGGCAGCCUGCAGCACCAGGACAUUGAUGGGGACUCCCCGGCACCCUGCAUGACAGCCACCGACUGGGACCGCUUCCUGCGGGACUGCUAUCGUGUGGCACACGAGGGGGCCAGGCUAGUGCUGAGCGGGGUGCAACGGGAGCGGUGCCAGGCCCUGCUGCGGCACCUGGCAGGGCAGCUGCCCCAGCUCGGCAUGGAGGGCGACCGCAACGUCUGGAUCCUCAAACCCGGUGCCAAAUCCCGUGGCAGGGGCAUCGUCUGCAAGGCGCAGCUGGAGGAGCUGCUACGGCUGGCAGGGGGCUGUGUGGCACCCCCGGUGCGGGCAGGUGAGUGGGUGGUGCAGAAGUAUGUGGAGCGGCUGCUGCUCAUCUUUGGCACCAAAUUUGAUGUCCGGCAAUGGUUCCUGGUGACCGACUGGAACCCACUAACCGUCUGGUUUUACCGUGAGAGCUACCUGCGCUUCUGCUCCCGGCCCUUCUCCCUCUGCCACCUGGACCCUGCCCGGCACCUCUGCAACGUCUCCAUCCAGAAGCAGUGUGGGCCAGUGCGGGGCAGGCAUCCCCAGCUGCCCCCUGACCAGACCUGGUCCUGCCAACAGCUCCAGGCGUACCUGGCACAUGUGGGGCACGCGGAUGCCUGGCACACAGUGAUGGUGCCUGGCAUGAAGGUGGCGGUGGUAGGCGCCCUGCGCAGUGCCCAAGACCUGGUGGGGGCCCGCAAGGGCAGCUUUGAGCUCUAUGGGGCCGACUUUGUCUUUGGGGAGGAUUGCCAGCCCUGGCUGCUGGAGAUCAACGCCAGCCCCACCAUGGCCCCCUCCUCAACAGUGACCGGCUGGCUCUGUGCCAGCGUCCAGCGGGACACGCUGCGCGUGGUCAUCGACCACAGGAACGACCCCACCUGCCCCACUGGUGCCUUUGAGCUCAUCUACAAGGAGGCGGCUGUGCCCGUGCCUCUAUAUGUGGGGCUGAAGCUGAUAGUGAAAGGCUGCUCCCUGAGGAAGGCCCAGCUGGCACACCGCCGAGCCCACGGCAAGCCCCCCACCACCGCAGCUGGCAAGCCCCCCACUGCCGCAGCUGGCAAGCCCCAGCACCCCACACCUCCCAGAGGGGCUGCACCUGCCUGGGCUGGCACCCAGUGCCUGGACACCACAGCCAGGCCCGGGGCAGCUGAGCCCCAUGCCCAGGAGGCACAUGGUGGCUCCCAGGGGGAUGCAGAAGAGCUGUGA